AUGCCUCAAAAUAAAUUAUCAAUUGAAGAAAAACGUCUUAGGAAGAAAUUGGCUGAGCGUCGUAGAAUGGCCAAAAUAAAAAAUGAUCCAGAUUUAUACGCGCAAUGGCUUGUAAAGUCAAGAGAGAGUUACCAAAGGAAAAAAGCUCGGGGCACAGUACUACCAAUGAGUGUUUUGACUCCAAGCCAGCAAAAGAUUCGUAGGAAGAAAAGUAGGCAGAGUUCUCGACGAUAUUAUCUAAAGAAAAAAAUGGAUAAGUUAUCAGCAACCGAUGAGCUCCCAAUAAAUGAAGAACCCAUCUAUAAAUCUGAGAACCGUGAUCCUCUUUCAAAUGUUCCUCAAUCAGCUCCAACCUUAAACACCUACAAAGUAACAACAAAACAUAGAAAGAUACUGCAAACUGUAACACAAGAUGUUGAAAAUGAGUUUAACAUUAUUAAUCGUGUAAAAGAUCAUUCUCAGACAAGUUUUUGUCUUCCACAGACUUCUAAAGAAUAUGACAAUGUGGCUAAUUUUGAUACACCCGCAUCACCGACUAUUGUACACCAGCCAUCUAAAGGAUGCGAUGUCACUAUCCAACUUCCUUUUACAAAGGAAGUUAAUGUUGAUAACACAAUAAAAAGGAACAAUUCGUCAUGCCCCUCAAUACCUGAACAUAAGGAUGAAGUCCAGCAGUUGAUCAGUAAACAAGAUCAACAAGUGGUACUGAAAAAUAGACCUAAAUUAAAUGAGGUUAAGGUUAAAAGAUCUGACAACAAAGUAAAAGAACCAGAUCAGAUAAAAAAAGAAACUGAAACUGUGUUUGUAAAAAUUGAGGAUUCAAUAAAUUUUAAUGUACCACUUGAAUCUGAAAAUAAUGAGUCUGUAAAUGAAAUAGAACAAUUAGAUGAUGGUGUAGUAUCUGAACAUGGAGAACCUGUAAAUGACUUAACAGUAAAAGCAGAAACACUUACAGAAAAUGACAAAACAAAUGAGGUUGAUGAUGAUAAGAAAGUCAAAAGGGAAAAGAAAAGCCCGAUCGUACGGCGCGUAGCGUUCCGCGCGCACCUCAAAGACCCAAUAGACCACCACAGACGGGGCCCUAAAGGGCUGAUGUUCAGCCGGGUUUGCGAGGUAAGCGCAAUGAGGCACCGCGACCUCGGCCCAGAGCGGGAGAAGGAACAGGGGGUUAGUGUCGAGUUGGAUUCUAAUUGGAACUGUAGCGGAGCGGUGGUGAUAUUUCGCCGUUCCCAGGCGUACUUUGGCAACAGAUUCGCAGGAAGACAUUCCUACGCGCCUGUGACUCCUCUGGUGCCGCAGGUGUCCAUGGGCGGCGCCAAUCACUUACCGUCAGGUGAUCUGUCUGCUGGUUUACCUCCUAUUUCAUAA